AUGUUCCCUACCAGGUUACCAAGAGGAAAGCUUAGGCUUUUUGGUGUAUUACUCUUAAUAGUAGUACUCUUUUUCACUGCUCAACAAGCUUCAAAAGAUAAAUACAAAUCCUUGAGUGAGACUCUUACAAAAGUAGAGAAAUAUUCACCUUUUAGUUCACAAAAGACUAACGAAGCUCAUCAGGGAUUUGACGUAAAACCAAAGGUCCAAGAUUAUAAGGAAAGUCCUGAACAUGAAUUUUGGGAAAAAAUAUUCGCUAUUUUAAACAAAGGCAAGGCUGAUAUUCCGCAGGAUCAAAUGGCCUCAGCUAUUCAGUAUAUUGAAAAAUCAAAACAAAAGAAAGGUCAAAACACCAAGGAUGUAUUACUUUCAAAAGCAUAUGUUUCUGAUGAAGUGAUAAAGGAAUUCCAGAAGAAGCAUAAACUAGUCUUAGAUGAAUUACCAUCAAACUUAGAAGCUACCUACAAACCAAAUACGAAUGGAGUUGUUUUUGUUGGAGGCGGAAGAUUUUCAUGGCUAUCAUAUUUGUCACUUUUGGGUUUACGUGCCACAGGAUCUGAAGUUCCAGUAGAAGUUAUGAUGCCGACGUAUAGUGAUUAUGAAAAUGAGGUAGAAUUUUGUACCGUGAUACUUCCUCGAUUAAAUGCUGCUUGCGUUGUGGUUCCAGAUAGUUUAGGAUCGUCUGUUAUGCUUUCUUGGAAUAAAAAGUUUAAAUCAUACCAAUUUAAGUCUUUGGCUUUGAUGACUUCCUCAUUCCAGAAUAUUUUAUUAUUGGAUUCUGACAAUAUUCUUAUCCAAAAUCCUGAUUCGAUUUUUGAAAGUGAUUUAUUCAAAGAAUAUGGUAUGAUCAUGUGGCCAGACUAUUGGAGACGUACAACGUCUCCAAUCUUUUAUGAUGUAGCUGGCGUUAAAAUUAACGAAAGAAAGAGAAUCAGAUCCAGUCGAUUUUCAUUAAAUGUUGAUAAGUCUAAUACAAACUUGAAUGAUAAUGAAAUCAAUACAGUCCCUUAUCAUGACUUAGAGGGUGCUGUACCGGAUUUAUCUACUGAAUCUGGUCAGUUAUUUAUCAAUAAAGCCACCCACGGUAAGACAUUGCUUUUAUCGCUUUACUAUAAUAUUUACGGCCCCGAUCAAUUUUAUAAAUUACUUUCUUUAGGAGCACCAGGUGAAGGUGACAAAGAUACAUUUGCUACCGCAGCAACAGUCUUGAAACAAAAGUUUUAUCAAAUAAAGUCUCACAUCAAAACUGUCGGAUACUUUGAGAACGGAAACUUUCAAGGCGUUGCAAUGGGACAAAAGAAUCCUCUUAAAGAUUAUGAACGUUUCAAGGAGAAGUUUUAUGCACCUAUAAUGAAAGAAGAAAAUAGGAACAAGCCAGUCAACGAGCAGAUAGAUAUGAUUGAAAAAUUAAUGAAAGAUAAUCCGCUUGAUUCUAAUGAAACCCCUGUGUUUGCAAUGCAUUGCAACUUUCCAAAAUUAGAUCCAUUGGAUUUAAUAAGUAGAGACAGUAUCUAUGAUAAAGAUAAAAAUCAAUUAAAAUAUAAGAUCUAUAAUGGGUUUUCAUUCAGAAGAUCAGACAAUAAAAACGAGCCAAAAGUUAAUUUUGAAUUGCAACAAUGGAAGACCAUACAAAAUGUUAUUUGCAAUGAAAAGUUAUAUUUUAUACAUUUCAGUAAAGUUGAUAACAAUGAAUUGUGCCAAUUCAUCAAUAAUCAAGUAAAAUGGUUAUCCAAGUAG